AAGGCUUUCAAAUUGGCGAAGGGAGAAGUGUUGUGGGUGAGGAAAGAAAUCGGAAAAUUAGAGAAAUGAAGAAGCUUUCGAGAACGUUGCGGAAUUCAGAAGGGGACAAGUUCUCUCUUCCUCUUCAAGACGAAGACUCUCGUCCCUUGGACUCACAAGAGCAAGAAGAGUUGGUUCGUUCUUUAGAACAGAGUCAAGUUCAGCAGAGUCGCUUAUGGAGGACGGUAUUUGCGACUCUAUUCUUCUGUUACAUCCUGUUUCUUUUGUACUCCAUCUUCCACCAGGCUACAUCACCUUGGGAACUGCGGUAUCAUGCAUAUUUCAUGGAGGAGAUCUACUCAUGGAUGAUUAUAUCUGCAGACUGGGUGGCUGUUUUAGCAUGCUCAUUUUCCAUCAUAGGAAUGCUUCAUGAUUCAAUGCAUCGCAGGAGAUGGAUCCAGUACUCAUGUUAUACUGGAAUUAUUCUGGCAAUUUUCUGGUUAUAUUACAUGUUGAGGUUGCCAAAGUUCCAUUGGGAUGUUAUCUGGCUGCCAUUUGGUCCUCUUAGUGUAGCUGCAAUCUGCCUCUACGUGGACCAUUUACUAACAGAGUCAUCAGAAGAGGUCAGAAAGCUUCGCGGAUCCAUGUAUUCCUACAAAGCAAGCUAGAAUUGAUGUUCUGCCUCGGUGAUGGAGGAGUGGCAUGAAAAACAAUUUGGAGCAGAAUGGCCAAAUAAAGUACUAAGUAUUUUCAAUCUAUCAUAUGAGUUGACCCCGAUACCCUUAUCAGCCAACAGCACACAGACCGGAGAUGACUUCUUGUAUGGAUUCACCUACUCUUUUUGUAUUUCCUUUGGUUGUAUAGAAAACAGAUGAUGAGGAUAGGACCAGCUUAUGGAGUUAAGCUGGCAUUUGGAGAAAAGGGCACUGUUUUCGUGAGAAUGUGUUAGUUACAAUUUUGGAUCCUCUAAAAUCCACAAGUCCUUUCACAUUAGUAAGAAAGUUGCUAUAUUUAUUAUGUAAAUUACACAUCAAAUUCUACAAAUUGUACAGAAGUUGGGAAGUUGUAUACCAAUUUCGAUUCAAGACACUAAUGCACUAAUG